AUGCAGAGCGUGUCGGAGCCCAGCGACGCAGGUGUGCCGCCCAUGGGCCUCAACUCCCGUAAGGAACUGGGGGACCUGGAUGAUUUUUCUUUUGCCCUCGAUGCCGAGCUUGGCACCAUGGUGUCUUCGUCAAACACCACCGCUUUUGAUGACCGAGUCUUGGGUUCCACCGGAGAGACACAUCCCACCAUGAGCCUGCCAGAUUUGAAUUUUCACAUGAUGACCCGGCCCAUGAGUGGCGCGCAUGAGCGCCGCCCGCGCAGCAGCAUGCGUCACCAUAGCGUCGGCGACGAGGGAAGCCGCCCGCUUUCUCCACGGCUCAAAGGCUACAAGCAAACCUCUCGCCCGAGCUCGCCCUACCGGGACGACUCCCCGUACCGUCGACCACGCGCCUUCUCCAGUCAAUCCCAGCACCGUCACGAUCGGACCAGCUCCCUCAGCCAAUCUGCCGUCAACCCCGCCGUCUCACCUCAGGGCCAGCAGACCAUCCGCCAGCGUUAUACAGCCGACGCCCGCUCACACCACCCACAAUAUCUCGAUGCCAUUGCACGCAGGUUUCAGCACCAGAUGCAACCGCAACACAUGCAGCAACGGUCAAGCAUGAGCAGCAGCACGCAUUCUAGCAUGGCCGGCGCUGGCCACAUGAGUCGCUCCUACUCGCUCUCCGCUGCACAGACCCCGGUGUCCAAUCAAAGCCGCUCCAGCGUUCGCACCAACAUUGUCAGCGUCGACGACGAGCUGGCCAGCCUCUUUGACGUGGCGCUAGGCAGCGCCGCCCACCAGCAACAUCGACCCCAGCCUGCCGUUCCUUUGCAGGAGCGUGAGCUGCCGCCAUCCUUUUGGUCCCCUAAAAAGAACCCCAACAUGGCCACGGUCAGCCCGCGAGCCUCCCCACGACCCCAGCGUCGACUUGACAUGCCCGAGCCCACCCCGCAGGCCAACGAUGCCGCUAGCGUGCAUUCCCACCACAGCCAAAAUGUGGACUUUGAUCCGUACGUCUCAGGAUAUCCCGCCGCAACCCCUUCUUCUGCCGAACGAGAGAACCACUCCCAGCUCCAUGGCGCGAGCAACAUGAAUGUGAAUCAAACGGCCUCGACGCCACAGCCCGAGGCAUCUGCUAGUCUGCCAGAGUUGGAUGCUUUGUUGGGCGAGUUGGCUGGACCCGACAAUGGUUUGGGCAGUGGUAUGGCUUUGUUUGAGGGGCUGGAUCACCUGCUCGAGGCCGAGGCCAACCUGCUGGGUAUGGCGGAUAAUGACGAAUUUAGUCUCUUUGAGGGUCUGGGCACGACCAUCUAA